AUGCAAGGACCAGCAGUGUUUAUGGAUAUAUCCCUUGAGGAUCAAGCUCUAGAGGUAAGGAAGUAUUUUAAGAACCUUGGUGCAGAAAUUUCGGAAGAAAAGUCUCCUAAAGGUAUAGAGGAUGAUCUACACAAAAUCACUGGUGUUUGUGAUAUUUGUUUCAAAGAGAACAAUGAGGCAGAUAUUGAAGCAGUUCUAAACAGUAUUGUGUCUAUAAUGGUAUCUAUACCAUUAGAACGUGGUGAGAAUCUUAUUGUGGCAUUUAGUCAGAGAUUAGGUAAAGCUCCAGAACCUAAACUUGGAUUGAUUUCAUUACAAGCUCUGUGGCGCCUAUAUAAUAAUUUGGAGACCAACUCUCCUCUCCGGUACCAUGUCUAUUACCAUGUAAUAGAACUUGCAGCACGAAUUGGUGCAGUGGGAGAUGUCUUCAAAGGAGUUGAACAACUCAAAAAGGAGUUUGCGUCUUGCCCACCAACUAGUGAGCAAAUGCAAAAACUGUAUAGAUUAUUGCAUCAAGUCUUAAAAGAUAAUAACAGUGAACUGGCUUCAAAAGUUAUGAUUGAGUUAUUAGGCACUUACACAGAUGAGAAUGCUUCGUAUGCAAGAGAAGAUGCCAUAAAAUGUAUAGUAACUGCUUUGGCAGACCCCAACACAUUCCUUUUGGAUCCCUUACUAGAGCUCAAACCAGUACGUUUUUUGGAAGGAGAAGUUAUUCAUGAUUUACUGUCCAUUUUCGUCUCCGAAAAACUGUCAAGCUACCAAAAGUUUUACGAAAAUCACAAGGAAUUUGUACAUUCCCAAGGCCUAAAUCAUGAGCAGAACAUCAAAAAGAUGAGAAUAUUAUCAUUCAUGCAGAUCGCAGAAUCGAACCCUGAACUCUCAUUUGAUGAAAUUACUUCAGAACUGCAAAUUGACGAGAAAGAUGUAGAAGCCUUUAUUAUUGAAGUUCUGAAAACUCGCCUGGUACGCGCACGCGUGAAUCAAGCGCAACGUAUGGUCCGCGUGUCCAGCACGAUGCAUCGUACCUUCGGCCCCGCCCAGUGGCAACAUCUGCGGGACGUUUUACACGCGUGGCGUGCCAACGUAAACCAAGCUCACGAAUCUAUGAAAUCUGUUACCACCGCGCAGGUGGAAUACGCAGCACAGCAGCAGAAAGCUUAA